GAGAGAGAGAGAGAGAGAGAGAGGCUUGCAGCUUCAAAACUUCAGUUACUUUUGUAUACUAUCAGCGCUAAUCAUUGGCCUGGGGCGUACCUUUUCAGACGUCUACAGAUUCUUCUCAACACUGUGUACUAUACAAUAGUAACAUAAUGUCCCAAUUAUAAAGCGCCAUCAUCAAUAAUGCUGUCUUGUAGAUGACGUUUAUUUUUCUACUUUUCCUUCUCACUGAAAUUGAUGCUAUUGUCAUCCCACUAGAAUCAGCGAUUUAGUAGAUUUCUCUAUCACUCUUUAGUAAGUUCUCCUCUAUUCAUCACAGCAGUUGUAAGCAAUAGUGAGGAAUUGAGAUCAAGAAUUUUCGAAAUACUCUUUCGACAAAAGCAUAAUUGCGUCAUUGGUUUGCUAUUGGUGAAGUAUCAAUAACAUAGAGAAUAACUUAAACUUGUGAGUACUUUAGAAUUUGACCGUGAAGAUAGCCCACAAUGAAAUAAGUCGGUUGUCUUUUGCCAAAUCAUAUUUCUCGUUAUGAUAAAAACUCCAGCAAAUUUUAACCCUUAUCUUUGUAAAACAAUUGUAUGGACCUCUGAACUACAGAAAAAAGAAGUAACGCAGACUUACAAUUCCUUGAGUUAUAUGAUGUGACGUUCGCCUACUCAGUUUAUGAGAAAUUAAAUUUUAAGAGAUCCAACUUUACCAGCUAACAAAGUGUUGGGUUGAGAAUCUUUUCCAUCUUCAAAGAUUAUUAUAAUAUUAUACUCGGGCUUGUCGUCAGUGUAGCACAUAACUAUCUCAUGUUGAUUCAUCUAAAGUUUAAAACAAAUUAAUGUUUGGUGCACUUUUUGGCCUUCGCCUUAUCAAGUCCGAAUCUACUACGUUCAGUGCUGACCAUCAACUGUGCCUCUAGCAAUUCUCAUAAAGACUUCCAGUGCCUUGAUGAGUUGCAAAACCCUUAUCUGCUAAAGGUCAGCAGUCAGCGCUCCUGGACCCCUCCCAUCUUUGGAUUGUUACCUAAAGAUAACAACAUUUCGGGGACAGUAUCCAGGGGGCUGAGUUAGUAAGUGCAACGAUUUUGGAGAGAUAGGACCAUAAUGGGGCGAAUCCUGGUCAUGGAAUGUAAUUCCAUUUUCUUUUUAUUGUGUUUCUUUGGGCAUGUAAUGGUGUCGUUGAGUCGAGUCGGCCCGUUUGCUUCAGCUGGUCACCUUGGAGAACCCCAGGUGUCUACAUCUUACGGAACAGUGCAAGGAAAAACGGUCCAGCUGGACUCCUCAACGUACAUUGACGUAUUCCGGGGAAUCCCUCAUGCAAAGCCUCCCAUAGGCCAUCUUCGUUUGAAAAAACCAGAACCCCCAUUGCCAUGGAAGGGCAUGAAAAACGUGGGCCGAGACAACGCUAUGUGUGUGCAGAACAUGCACCCCGUCACGGGCGAAACUGAGGACUGUCUAUACCUUGAUGUAUACAGACCUCGACUGACGAACUCUUCACAGUCAUUGCCUGUGAUGGUGUGGAUACACGGUGGAGGCUUCAGACACGGUAGCAAGAACUCUUUUAAUGGCAGUAUUCUAGCUUCCCAUGAUGUCAUUGUAGUCAUAGUUAAUUACAGAUUAGGGCCGUUAGGAUUUCUGUCUACAGAGGAUGACGUUAUUCCAGGAAAUUUUGGCAUGUUGGAUCAGAUUUCUGGAUUGAAAUGGGUUCAGUCGAAUAUAGCUGCAUUCGGUGGAGACCCCAAAUCUGUGACUAUCUUUGGGGAAAGUGCUGGGAGUGCGAGCGUGUCUCUCUUAGUGUUGUCCCCCCUGGCCAGCGGUUUGUUUGCUCGUGCUAUUAUGCAGAGUGGUGUCUCCUCGACCUCACGCGCUGUACCGCCCCCCGGCGUACUUGUUUCACCGAAACAAAUUGCUAUGGCCGCAGGGAGUAAAUUAGGUUGCCAUCAACAGCCGGGUGUAGCGUUUUUGUCCUGCUUGCAACGACAAAGCGUUCAAGAUUUAUUCAAUGCAAGUAUAAAAGCUGGGUACAGUGAUCAUUCAUCUAGUAGUUUCAGACCAAGGGUUGAGACCGUUUUUGGCUUCAUGCCUGAGUACCCGUUGAACCUAAUAUCUCGGGGGCAUUUUUCUCACGUUGACACGCUUAGAGGUUUCAAUGCUCAAGAGCAAGGGAAAACUGUUUCCGAUCCCGAAAACGACGGUCUCACAAGAGAAGAAUUCCGUAAAGCUUGCCGAACACAGCUUAGAGACUUUCCUUAUCUAGACAUAGACAAAUACGUUCAACUCAUGGAAGACGUCUACUUGACAAAUGUCACAGAUCCAGUUGAGAUUCGAUCAAAGACUAUAGAAAUGAGAUCAGAUUUCACUUUUAUUGGGCCUAUAGUUCGAGAAACCCAGGUGUCCAGAAAGCACAAUCAUGAAUCUAAAUAUUUUCUUUAUCAGUUUAAUUAUAGAGCAUCUUUUGUUAAAACACCGGAGUGGACUGGAGUCCUUCAUGCGGCUGACAAUCCUUUCGUGUUUGGGCUGUCGAGUAAUCUUGCCGGUACUUGGCACAGAAAAACGACGGCAGCAGACGAGGAGAUGGCGCGCGUGAUGACCACAAUGUGGACAAAUUUCGCCAAGUUCAGUAACCCAACCCCCCAUGGAAGCACGCAGCUACCUUUGGUCCAUUGGAAUCAGUUUUUCAAUAAUAGACCAUCAUAUCUUUUGAUUGACUCCCAUCUGCAAAACAAGAAAUUCGAUACAGCUGAGAACGUAAAAAUGCUGAAUCUCUAUGAAAGUACGGAGAAGGAAUACAUACACGCACUUGCUGCUGGUAACACUCCCAUUAUUGGGUGAAACUAAUCACCAUCAAGCAAAUAAAAUUCUCAGGAAUUUUUAUUUUUGUGUUUGUGUUUGUCUUUGUCUUUGAGCUACUACUUCUCCCAACAAGACUGAAGACAUUUAUAUCGAACAUGUAAAAUAAAUAAAGAGAGGAGAAGAAAAAAAAUAGCAGAGAAAACACAUCAAAUCUAUUAACAUACCUAUUAUUUAUAUUUUGGAGCAUAGGUCGUGUUCUUGCGCACACUUUUCGAUCAUUUAAGGGGUUACUUCUCAUAUUUGUAUGUAAUUGUUAUUACAUUCCCCCAUCCCCCUUUACCCCCUUCCCAACUCCACCCGCGAACUACUCACGGAGAUGACAGAAAGUAUUUUCAAAAAGAUGAGACAACCCUCAAACAUCAUUUGAGUUUUUCAAAAGUUCGCCAACAAC